CCAAGAUUCUGCGCAGUCGUCCGAUAGCGUCUGCUUGUACCUGCAUGUUUGUAAUGCAUACUGUAAUGGCUUAUGCAUUACGAAUUUCGGGAAGAAAUAACAUGCGCGCACUGCAGAGAGCUCAGCCCAUAAUGACAUGUGCGCAGAAUCUGUCACAAAAGUCCUUCAAGGUUGAACACGACACAAAGAAACAGGAGUUCUUUAUCAAACUCGGCAAAGAUAAGGCCGUCUUGCAGUAUGAAGUGAUUGGCCCAAAAACGCUCGAUCUGGUGCACACAGAAGUUCCCGAGCCUUUGCGAGGCAAAGGCAUUGCGAAACACCUAGCCAAGGCUGCUCUCGACUACGUGGCUGGGAAAGAUAUGCAAGCCAGAAUCACGUGUCCAUAUGUUGGCAACUUUGCGCAAAGUGACACAGCAAAGGAGCAGUACCAAAACAGCAUUAUUAAGUGAUGUCGCCUGCUUUGAUCUAGACAUUACAGCCUUACUGUGCUGGAAGUAGCACUCUGCAGGCAUUUUCACUGCACGUAAAGUACAUUAAAAUGAACGAAACUCU